GCACCUGGAGUGCUCCCAACAGAACGACUCUUGUCUGCCUCUCUGCUUCUGGCCAUGGCCUGCUGGCAUCUGGCCCUCCUUCUGACUGGGGCCCUCCUGUCAGUCUUUCAGCCAGGCUUGGCCCAGCCAGAUGCACUGCUGUUCUUCCCAGGCCAAGUGGCCCAACUCUCCUGCAUGCUCAGCCCUCGCCAUGCCACCAUCGGGGAGUACGGUGUGUCUUGGUAUCAGCAACGGGCAGGCAGUGCCCCCCGCUACCUCCUCUACUACCGCUCAGAGAAGGACUACCAUCGGUCCCCUGACAUCCCUGACCGCUUCUCGGCAGCCACAGAUGCUGCCCACAAUGCCUGCAUCCUGACCAUCAGCCCCGUGCAGCCUGAGGACGACGCAGAUUAUUACUGUUCUGUGGGCUACACAUCCUAAGGGUGGAGUGUGGGACAAGUGCUUCAUAUCUGCUUCUCAUUUCUGCACCCUGAUCUUGGGUUUCCCCC